AUGUCUGCAGCAGAGCUACAGAGGGAUUCUGUGCCCUCUGACUGGCCCAGACCCCUGAGAUUCAGAACCCAGGAGGGCAACACCACAUCCCUGCCCUGCUUCUCCAAUAUCAGCAGAGAAAGACCGGCCAUUGUUUCUGUUGCAUGGUACCUGGACAAGAUGGCCCCUGGGAAGGAGGUGAGGAAUGAAACAUUAAUAGUCUGUCUGUGCAGGGUUGAGACGCUGGGCCUGGGCUUUGGCACAAGGAAUGGGACUCUGCUGGUGGGAAGUGAAGCACUGGGAGGUGGCCCUCUGUGGAUCUCUCAGCUAGAAGCCAGUACCAUCCUCCUUUGGGCUGCAUUCUAUGCCUUCAGCUUUUUCUCAGUAGCAACAGACAGCACCAUCUAUUAA